AUGGCAUCACCAACAUCUACACCUAGGCAGCAACUAUGGGGCAACGGCGUCCAGGGAGCCCGUGCCAUGCUCCAAGUGGCCGACCGCAUCCGCAACGGCAUAACGAGCAUUACAACACUUAUAAGCGCGCUGCAGUUUGAGAUAGAAGAACUGGAGGCUUUCCAGGACGAUCGAGCUGCAGAGAUUAAAGCACGAGAGUCCACUCUUUACAACGAGAAGAUAAGGAUAAAGAAGCUUGAACAAGAUAUCAACGCAGACAAGGCAAGGUACUCUGCUAAUCCUGAUGCGAAGCAAGAGUUAGAAGAACUGAAGCAAAGAUUGAGUGAGAUGGGCGCCAUCGCGAAGGUCAAGAAUAGCCAGAUUGUAACAGUAGAGUGA